GGGACCGGGCCUGAGUGUUUAUCGCUGUGGGGAGCGCAGCUGUGGAGUACAUGAACUCAUCUGCAUCAGAAAAGUUUCUCCUGAAGCUCUGGGGUUCCUCUCUGCCGUCGGAGUUUUUGUCUUUCUCAUGAUCCUCAUUUUUCUGUACCUCAACAACAAGCUGUCCAUCGAGAACGCUGCUCCACGGCCACACGAGCACUACAGGAAGAGCAAGGACCAGCCAGAUAAGGGUUAUGGGGAGGCGGAUUUUCAGGCUUCGUCGUCGGACAGCGAUGAUGAGGUGAUGGGUCAGUACCAGGAGGCCGUGUCCCGCUCACAGGGUCUCCGCGGCGGCUGCACGGGGGCUAGCGUCCGCCACCAUAAGGGCUACGGGUGGGACACACGGCAGAAAUACUGCCCCCUAGCAGCUGAGUACGAUGGCUACAGCAGCGAGGCCUCUGCUGAAGAUGUAAACUGUAUCCAGAGGAUGAGACGGACUCCUCCGCUGGAUGAGCUGCAGCCUCCGCCGUAUCAGGAUGAGGACGGGUCACCACGGAUGUCGUGCACGCCCUCUGACCUCGGCGAUGCCAAGUGUGAUCUGUCUCACGGCAGUAACAGCCCACAGCACAGCUACACAGCAAAGUGCCCCAGCGAGGGCAGCGCGGGUCACGACACCGAGAGCUUUCUCAACAAGGGCUACGAGGAGGACGUCCCCAGCGACAGCACCGCCGUGCUCAGCCCGGAGGAUCUCUCUGCUCGUGGUUCCGCCGCUCACCUGCCUAAAGGUUAUGAGCCGGAGCCGUUGGCGCAGUUCGGGACACUGGACGUCGUCUUCGAUUACGACUCCUGUGAUCAGCGUCUAGCCGUCACGGUGACCGCAGUGACGGACAUUCCUCCGCUGAAGCGCACCGGAAACGUCUCCUGGCAGGUGCACCUGGUUCUGCUGCCCACCAAAAAGCAACGUGCCAAAACCAGCAUUGCCAGAGGCCCCUGUCCCGUCUUCACCGAAACCUUCCGCUUCAGCCACAUUGAAUCAGAGAUGAUCAGCAACUACGCCCUCCGCUUCCGCCUCUACAGCAUCCGGCGGAUGAAGAAGGAGAAGAUCCUGGGAGAGAAGGUGUUCUACCUCACCAAACUCAACCUGCAGGGCAAGAUGUCUGUUCCCGUCAUACUGGACCCCUGCUGCAGUAUAGCAGGCAGCGAGUCUCAGGCGAGCGUAUCUGACGCGUCCUGCACUGACACCGCCUCAUCGUUCCAGUCAGCCGGUCAGAGCUCAGCUCCGGAAAUCCUACUGGGCCUUGUGUAUAACGCCACCACCGGCCGCUUGUCCGUCGAAGUCAUCAAAGGAAGCCACUUCAAAAACCUCGCUGCCAACAAACCGCCCAACACGUACGUAAAGUUGACUCUGCUGAACUCCAUGGGUCAGGAAAUGUCCAAGUGUAAGACGUCCAUCUGCCGCGGUCAGCCCAACCCCACCUACAAGGAGACGUUCGUGUUCCAGGUGGCGCUGUUCCAGCUCUCUGACGUCACCCUCAUCCUUUCUGUUUACAACAAGCGCAGUAUGAAGCGCAAGGAGAUGAUUGGCUGGAUCUCUCUGGGCCUGAACAGCUCCGGGGAGGAGGAGCUGACGCACUGGACUCAGAUGAAGGAGUCGAAAGGACAGCAGGUGUGUCGAUGGCACAGCCUUCUCGAGUCGUAGAGCCGCGGAGAGGAGGAGGUGGACGGAGGCGAAGAGACGCGACGGAGAAAAGCGGAAAAUAAGACGGGCCACGCCCACGCCUGACCCUCAGCUCGCCCGAGCUGGCCCUCACAGCAGUGCAUUAUGGGGAAGUGUGAGUUCUGUUAGGGGGCGACACCAACCUCUGCCCUGAGCAUUAUGGGAAAUGUAGUUUGGGUCAGGGUGAAAGUGAUUGUAGCCCCGAGUUCGGUCAGGGAAAUGGCUCAAGGGUUGGAAACUUCUUGCCUUUAACGGAGCGACCACGUAGAUCCGACUCACGUAGGAGAGAUUUGUAUUCAUUCGUUUAUUUAUUUGUUUGUUUGUUUGUUUGUUGUGUUUUUGUGUACCUUCAAAACGAUUCUGAUAAGGGUGGAUGGAGGGGAGAGUGAGACGAUCAGUGAUGGCAUUUACCCGCCAGAGAUCUACACGACCGUAGCCAUGAGGUCGUACAGGAAAGAGAGGGAGAACGAGGGAUGAUGGUCUGUGUCCUGUGAGUUAACCAGGUUGAUUAAGCACCACAGACAUCAAAAGGGGGCAUUUCCUCCUCGAACCUGCUGCCAGUCAGCGUUUAAAAAGCUCAUUGACUUACAGAAGCUAUUAUUAUUAUUAUUAUCAUUAUUAAUAUUAUUAUUAUUAUUAGUGUGCUUUAAGUUCUUGUUUAGGCGUUUUCUGCUCUUUCACCCAAAGUAAAGGGCAGUGCGGCACAAUCAUGGCCCAUGGUAGUUGACCGUGAGCUACAUACGCUGCUCUUUAACAUUCACUCAGUCAUUCCUCACCUUUAACCUUAUAACUAAUCUUUGUGCUUUGUUUUCCAUAUAGCUUCACGUUGCUCACAUAACAUGUGAGCACAAAAAGGAGCCAGUUUGACUCUUCGUUUGAUCCACAUUGUUAACGUUGAAAGUACAAAGCAGUGGACAGCUCGUCUAACUGGCCGUCACACUUUGUCUGACCAGUCGGUGUUGCUUGACCUUGGGCUGACUAUUGUCUUGUGUCCUUUACGACUCCUGCAACUCCAGGGAUGCACUGAUAUGAAAUUUCUUGGUACAAGAACCGACGAGAAACACCUUUUCCUGGCUGAUACGUACAGUCGUGUGCAAAAGUGUGAGCGCCCCUGUUUAAAUUAUGCGCUUUCAGUUUUCACCGUGAAAAUAAGUUAAAACAUCCUUUAUAGAGAACACACCUAAAUAUGGUGUUUUUCUGCCAGUUUUAUUGCACAAUUUCUCAAUUUAACGUAUUGGAAAAACAAAAUAUAAAUUUUUGCACAAGCCACGUUUAAAGUUUUUUUCCCUCAAUAUUUAAAAUUCUGCAAAUAAUCAGUGAUCGUACAUUCAAAUGUAAACGUGUUCUCCGCGGAGCUUUGAUUUUGACUGGGGUACCCAAACUUUUGCAUAUACCUGUAUAUCAAUAACCGUUUAUUUUAACGUUGUACAUUAAUUUAUAUAUACAUACAUAUAUCACACAUUUGACUCUAGAUAAGCCUUUUAUCCAGGGUCAUUCAGAAUGUUAAAGUGAAUGUAAUGUUUAUAGAGCCUUGCCCGAGGACUUUUAUUUUGGCAUUCUCAGUUUGGUACAGCAGUGGUCUGCCUAUAUGGAUAUAUAGAGUUGUGGCUGCCUGGACAGGACGUCCCUUAUCCAUGAGGCUGUGGUAUUAUCCACUACCACUACGCUGUCCAUGAUUGGGUUUGAAUUUAGGGAAAUUCCCACCACUACUGGUUUCCAUUUCAGUCAGUAAUGCACCCAGAAAAAACUCCAGCAAAUCAAAUCUGCUGCACUCACAGACUGCCAAGAAACUUUAUACCCAGCUGAACCUCAAUCAGCACCAGCCAUGAACACACAACACGAAAUAAUGUUAGCAACAGUAUCAAAAGCCAACCAACAUGUUGUGUUUAAGAAAGACUCCUUAUUUUACUCUGUGGAGGAGCGGCGUAUAGAUAACUCUGCUUUCCACAACGACCAGUAUAGACCAGGACUUUACCCUCCUGUCCUACACGUCAGUCUGCAAGCUUUUUGUUUUAUUUGUUUUUAUUUAACGUUUAAUUUGAUCAGGCAAGUCAAUAAGACCUGUUCCAGUUCUUAUUCACGUUAGCCACGUUUACAUGCAGCCUAAUAAUCCAUUAAUAAUCUGCUCAAUCGGAUUAAAAUAGGUCCACAUAAACACUUUAAUUAGAAUAGUCUAGUCCAGUUGAGACCGUUCGGAAUACAAUUUCUAUCCGACUGAAUGAGGUGGGUAAUCCUGUAGAUAAUCCGUGAAUAGCAGAAUAUCCGUGUAAACGUCCAGCUUAUGGGUCUCAGAGCACGACGUCUUCCUCUCGGCCUUCUUUAAUAAGGACGUGUGAAGGACGUUUUCCUGAGUCUGACGUCAUUUUAAAGCAGUUAAAAACACAAUCACUGCUCACUGCUGCUCAUCUCACUCUGACCGGACCUCACGUGAUGCUGGUUGUCAUGGUAACCAAGUGGUUCUCCAAGCAUGCACACCAUUUUGCAUCAGAUUACUUGUAGUGAGCAUGUAAACGAAGAUCUUCGUCAGAUUGUUUAAUAGAGUGUGAAUUAUAAACGCCUCAGUCUGAAUCUGUAAACAAAUCAGAUUGGCACAAACCUUUGCAUGUAAACACAGCCGUUGGUGGUCUGGCAGCAUAAGCUGCUUGAGGGAGACGAAAACACAAAAUUGGGUUAAAAUAACAACCGAAAAGCAACAAUCAAGAUUUGUCAACAACCUAAAAUGACAACAGCAAAAAUUGACACAACUGCAAGCCAGGUGGUUUAACGUGUAAUUAUCAGCUGUAAUUUCAACGUCAGAGCAAUGAUGAUAAGUCCCCAGUGUUAGAAACAUUAUGUACUGGCACUUGAUUGAGAACCACGUUUAACUCGCCCCGUGUUUUCUAAUAAGCACAAACCUUUUUAUUACUGAUGGACAUAUAACAGGCUCUAAUGACCGUUUUAAGGCCAGGAGCUGAAGUGUUUCGAAGGUCAGUCUGCGUCUGCUUCGGUGAGCGCAGUACCAGAACUUUUCAACGCUCUGGGUCCAAUUUCCACAAAGUAUUGUUUGCAGAAAGAUGGUUUUGCUCUACUGUUUAAAGAAGAUUGAUUACCCCGUGAUGGUUCUCUGAAGGCUUCUCUGUUCGGUUAGUUUCUUUAUUCUUUAAUUUAUGGACGUGGCUGUGAGCUGCAGAGCACUUUAUGGUUGAUGCACAUGCUCCAUCGGACCGCCCGUCUUUUCCCCUCAGGCUUCGUUCAUCCUCGCUCGCAUAUUUCUGAAAACACAUCUGCUUUCAGAAAGAUCCCCGUCCAAACCAGCAGCGUCCACAGGAGAGCAAAGACGCUCACGAGGAGCUGUGACACACUGUCAAAUGCGAGAACGCCUUAAAGGGAAUGUUAAGAGAAUUUUACGUGACAUUAAAGAGGGCGUAGCAAACCAGCAACACAGGGGCUGAAACUCUCUAUGAAGAGAAAGAGGGACUGACUGUAAUGAUAACGUGAGGCUAACUACAGUAAACCAAACACACGCUCCUGAUUAUCAGCCAAGUCACAUGCGCAGCGUUUCAGUGUCGAGCUAGAACGUACACGUGUGGCACAACCGUCUCAGCUCCCAAGGGGGAUUGUGAGUUCGGUCCCUGGUGAUGCCACAGCCAUCCGUAACCAGCAGUAAAAGUGAUCGUAAGGCCCAAUUCCAUUUCACCCCUAUCCCCUACCACUCUAGGGCUCGGGUGUCCCUAUCUUUGUUGAGAUAGAGGGGUGGGGCAAAGUGUUUGGGCUACGUGGCCCUCCAAACGGAGGAUUUUCAGAGACUCCAAACAGAGAGAUAUGAGGAAAAACGGGCAAGACGGAGAACAAGAGACCACCAAA